AUGGCGGACGACGGCUUGACCAAGCGACCCAACUACCCGAACCCAGAGCCCCAACGCCGGCGCCGACGACCGCCUGUUGCAUGCGAAUUGUGUCGGAGACGAAAGAUCAAGUGCAAUCGCGAAGCUCCGUGUAGCAAUUGUCGCCGCUCGAAGAACGCGACCUGCAUCUACAAGGAGCUCUCGCCGCCACCUACCCUGCGCAAUCGCGAUGCCCAGAGAUCGUCUAUGGUUGUCAAUGUUUCAAAUCCUGGUGAGAACUGCUUUGCAGUGCAGGUGGAUGGACAAUCCACUUCGGGGAGUGCCAGGACCGUCUCGAGCCAUCCGCCAAUGUCAACCGCACCCAGCUCCAUGAUUUCGACGCCAAUGAGUCACUCAUCUAUCCAGGAGACUGAGUCGCUACGAUCGAGAAUUAGUGAGCUUGAGCAGCAGCUCUCUGCAUCGAGGCAACAGUCCGUCGUGAAUACGCCCAGCCCGCAUUACAAUAUCAGUACCACAACCUCUCACAUCGCCGGAACAUUCCAUGUACAUCAAGAGAGCGCGACUGCUGGUCAGCCGCCUGCGAUCUCCCGCACCAUAAUGCAUAAGACUCGUGUGUUCGGCCAGAGCCAUUGGAUGAAUGGGGCUGCUCAGUUUGCCGAGAUCCUCGAUAUCAUCGAGCCCUACAUACAAAGUGAGACCUCAAACACAAUGCGCAAUUUGCAGAGGUGCAAGUAUCUAGGUAAAGUCAUCAAAGCAAAGCGGACACCUGCAUGGCCGUGUCCUCCCACAACGGAAUUGCCGCCAAAAGAGAUCGCAGAUGUACUUAUUGACAAUUACCUGCGGACUUUUGAAAGCGUCUACCGGGUCCUCCAUAUUCCAACCUUCAAGCGAGAAUAUGAAUCUCUUAUGUCGACCGAGACGCCCAACAUGUCAUUCAUGGUUCAAUUGAAGUUAGUACUUGCCAUUGGGGCAACCAUCUACGACGAUCACUUCUCUAUGCGAGUCUCGGCCAUCAGGUGGAUCCACGAAGCCCAGACCUGGAUCUCCGAGCCCGAGUUCAAAAGUAGACUUGGAAUACCAUUUCUCCAGACUCAGAUUCUCCUCAUCCUUGCCAGGGAGAUUGUCGGCGUGGAGGGGGCAAUGGUUUGGGUCGCGACGGGUGAACUGAUUCGGGUCGCAGUCCACAUGGGCCUGAACCGCGAUCCGACAUUCCUUCCCAAACUAUCGUCAUUUUCUCGAGAAAUGCGUCGUCGACUAUGGAACACCAUACUAGAGAUCGCACUCCACACGAGCAUGGAGUCAGGCGGACCUCCCAUGAUUUCUCUCGAAGACUUUAACACCCAGCCUCCCAGUAACCUCGAUGAUGAAGCAUUGGAUUAUGAGGAUGCAACUUCCGAGCCAGAAACUGUGUUCACCCAAACUUCAGUCCCACUGGCUCUUCGGAAAAUGUUCCCGUUACGUCUGGCUAUCUUGAAAGCAUUGAAUGGCAUUGCCGCUCAUGCGGGAUAUGAGGACACGCUUCGAAUGGACGCCGAACUCCGUUCUUCAUACAGAUUCCUCUGUCGCACGCUACAAGGGUACAAGUCCAGCGAUCGCCAAAACGCGCCCUCCGAGUUCCAAACUCGCAUUCUCGAUUUCCUCUAUCGUCGAUACCUAUCAUCACUCCACAUGCCCUUCUUCGGCGCCGCGACGCGUGCUAAUCAAUACGCUUUCUCGAGAAUGGUGGUAGUGGAGGCAUCAUGGACGAAAUGGCACACGAUAUUCCCAUUCUCGCCAAGCAGGGGCUCCAUUAAGUUCGACGAAAAAUUCAUCCCUUCGAAACCGGAUGAUCUCACCCGACUAGCCCUAUGCAGUUCAGGUACCUUCCGCACCAACUCUAUCCAGGCUGCUUUCCUGAUUGCUGCUGAGCUCAAAGCCCUACUUCAAGAAGAAGACAGCCUCGGUACGAAGUCACUACCACCGCACCUUGUUUCCACCCUGGAAGAAGCAAAAAGGUUGUCUCUACGGUCUAUUGAAGCUGGAGAAACCAAUGUCAAGGGCUAUCUGUUCCUUUGUCUAGUCCAUGCCCAGGUCGAGGGACUAAUUCGCGGCAUAUCAAGGACGGAGCUUCCGGAACUUGUUAUCAGGGCUGCGGACGAGGCUGAAGAAAGGUGCCUGCGCAUUUUGGAGGCGAAUGUUCAGAGCCUGGACAGUAUGGGGGCGGCAUCUAAUGUGCUGGAUGAAAUGCCGAUCGAGCCGUUGCCUGAUGUGCUGGCGGAUUGGAGCUUGAUGAUGCCCGAUACCCAUUUUAACCUUGGCGGCACUGAUUCUAUGAACUGGCUAACAAUGGAUUCUCUAGCCUCGUGUUACCAGAUGGCCGAUUGA